CGGCCACCAUGUUCAGCUUCGAAGGGGACUUCAAAACAAGGCCCAAGGUGUCUCUCGGAGGGGCGAGCAGGAAGGAAGAAAAGGCUUCUCUCCUGCAUCGUACUCAGGAAGAAAGGAGAAAACGGGAGGAAGAAAGGCGGAGGCUGAAAAAUGCAAUAAUAAUCCAGUCCUUUGUAAGGGGGUACAGGGACAGAAAACAUCAAUACUCUAUCCAAAGAAGUGAAUUUGAUCGCUGUGCUAAUUUGGCCCAAUCUGGAGGAACCUUUUCCACUACUAAUGGAGCUAAUUUGACCCUUUUAGUUCGUCAGUUACUCUUUUUCUAUAGACAGAAUGAGGAUUCUAAGCGUUUGAUAUGGAUGUGUCAGAAUCUAAUUAAACAGAGUUCUCAGUUUGUUAAGCAACUGGAUGGUCCAGACAGACUUACUUGCUUAUUCCAAAUAAAAAGACUGUUGGGGCUGUGUUGCAGGCUAUUGCAGAAUUGCAAUGAUGACAGUCUGAAUGUUGCACUUCCUAUGAGAAUGCUUGAGGUAUUUUCAUCUGAGAAUACGUAUUUGCCUGUUCUACGAGAUGCUGGCUAUGUGGCAUCAUUAAUUGAACAAAUUUUGCACUACAUGAUUCAAAAAGGCUACUACAAGUCGCUAUAUUUGUUAAUUAACAAUAAGCUUCCAUCAAGUAUUGAGUAUUCUGAUGUUUCUCGAGUCCCUAUUGCAAAAAUACUUCUGGAGAAUGUUCUGAAACCGUUGCACUUUACAUAUAGCUCCUGCCCAGAAGGUGCAAGGCAACAGAUUUUUACAGCCUUCACAGAGGAGUUUCUGGCAGCACCUUUUACAGAUCAAAUAUUCCAUUUCAUCAUUCCAGCGCUUGCUGAUGUGCAGAUCAUUUUCCCUUAUGAACUCUUUCUGAAUGCACUAUUAGUAGCAGAAAAUGGAUGUUCAAUCAAAAAUGAUCAAGCCCCAUGGCUUUUUUAUUUCGUUUUAACUGUUGGAGAAACGUACCUGGGAUCCCUUUCAGAGGAAGGACUUCUUGUAUAUUUGAGAGUACUCCAAACUUUUCUUUCUCAGCUGCCCGUGUCUACUACUGGUACAAAUUGUCAAGAUGCAACCAGUGAUUCUGAAGAUGAGGAUGAAGAGAUCAGUAAAAUGAUAACCACACCAGGUGACGGGAGAAUAUCAGUUCAAUAUAUAACUGAGGAGUGUCUAAAGAAAUUGGAUACAAAGCAGCAAACGAACACCCUGCUGAACAUGGUGUGGAGAGAUUCGGCCAGCGAGGAGGUGUUUACCUUGAUGGCAUCGAUCUGCCACACGCUAAUGGUGCAACACCGAAUGAUGGUGCCAAAAGUCAGACUUCUGUAUAGUUUAGCCUUCAAUGCCAGAUUCCUGCGGCAUCUUUGGUAUUUGAUAUCUUCAAUGACUACACGAAUGAUUACAGGGUCUAUGGUGCCACUGCUUCAAGUGAUUUCAAGAGGCUCUCCAAUGUCUUUAGAAGACUCUAGUCGAAUUAUCCCUCUCUUUUACCUUUUUAGUUCUUUGUUUAGUCAUUCACUUAUUUCUAUUCACGAUAAUGAAUUCUUUGGUGAUCCUAUAGAAGUUGUAGGUCAAAGACAAUCAUCAAUGAUGCCUUUUACGUUAGAAGAGCUAGUAAUAUUGUCACGCUGCCUUCGGGAUGCAUGUUUAGGAAUCAUCAAGCUGGCUUACCCGGAAACCAAGCCCGAAGUGCGCGAGGAAUACGUCGCAGCCUUCCGAAGUGUCGGAGCCACAAAGAACACGGAAAUGCAGCAGUGUAUCCAGACGGAACAAAAGAGAUGGAUUCAGCUAUUUAAGGUCAUCACAAACUUAGUGAAAAUGUUGAAAUCCAGGGAUACAAGGAGAAACUUCUGCCCACCAAAUCACUGGCUGUCAGAACAGGAAAACAUAAAAGCAGAUAAGGUUACCCAACUGUAUGUGCCAUCUGCUAGACAUGUCUGGAGAGUCAGAAGAAUGGGAAGAAUAGGACCUUUGCAGUCCACCUUGGAUGUGGGUUUGGAACCAGCACCUCUUUCUGUGUCUGAAGAACGACAACUUGCAAUUCUGACAGAGCUGCCUUUUGUAGUUCCUUUUGAAGAAAGAGUAAAGAUUUUUCAAAGAUUGAUCUAUGCUGAUAAACAGGAAGUUCAAGGAGAUGGCCCCUUUCUGGAUGGAAUUAAUGUCACUAUCAGAAGAAAUUAUAUUUAUGAAGAUGCUUAUGAUAAGCUUUCUCCUGAAAAUGAACCCGACCUAAAAAAGCGCAUUCGUGUUCACUUGCUUAAUGCACACGGCCUUGAUGAAGCUGGCAUUGAUGGAGGCGGAAUUUUCAGAGAGUUCCUCAAUGAACUGCUUAAAUCGGGAUUCAACCCCAACCAGGGCUUUUUUAAGACCACCAAUGAGGGACUUCUUUAUCCUAAUCCUGCUGCACAGAUGCUUGUUGGAGACUCCUAUGCCCGACAUUACUAUUUUCUUGGAAGAAUGCUUGGAAAGGCUCUUUAUGAAAAUAUGCUGGUGGAGCUCCCCUUUGCUAGUUUUUUCCUCUCAAAGUUGCUGGGCACGAGUGCUGAUGUCGACAUUCAUCACUUAGCUUCAUUAGAUCCAGAAAUGUACAAGAACUUGCUUUUUCUCAAGAGCUACGAAGGGGAUGUGGAAGAACUGGGACUGAACUUCACUGUGGUAAAUAACGACCUUGGGGAAGCACAGGUGGUUGAGCUGAAGCCGGGUGGGAAGGAUAUCCCGGUAACGAGCGCGAACCGCAUCGCCUACAUCCACCUGGUGGCCGACUACCGGCUGAACAAGCAGAUCCGGCAGCACUGCCUCGCCUUCCGCCAGGGGCUGGCCAACGUCGUCAACCUGGAGUGGCUGCGGAUGUUUGAUCAACAGGAAAUACAGGUUUUGAUAUCUGGUGCCCAGGUUCCUAUUAGUUUGGAUGAUCUUAAAUCUUUCACAAACUAUUCUGGUGGCUAUGCAGCAGAUCAUCCUGUAAUAAAAAUAUUUUGGAGGGUUGUGGAAAGCUUCACCGAUGAAGAGAAACGCAAACUGCUCAAGUUUGUCACGAGCUGCUCUCGGCCGCCUCUUCUGGGGUUUAAGGAGCUGUAUCCUGCCUUUUGCAUCCACAAUGGGGGAUCGGACUUGGACCGGCUCCCCACUGCCAGCACCUGCAUGAACUUGCUGAAGCUUCCCGAGUUUUAUGAUGAGAAUCUGAUGCGCAGCAAGCUGCUCUACGCCAUCGAGUGCGCUGCGGGCUUCGAGCUGAGCUGAGCCGCGGCCGCGCGGGAACUAGCAGUGCCUCCCCCAUGCAGCACCGGGCGGCUCGAAGGGAAUUCUGCCUACGUUUCUGCAGCUCUUGUGUCUUAUCAGAGGCCCUCAGAUAGGUUUCCUUUGUAAACACCGUUUGCUAGGUAGCUUUCGUUGAUUAAUAUUACCUUGACCCUGCUUUCUGAGUCAGCUAAUGAAUGCCGUGGGCGGUGUGGCUGUUUCUGUGCUUAGGCGAAGGAGGAGCACAUUUAAAGAACAGUGACAUCUCAGUAAAAUUAACCAAAGAUGAAGCUUUGGCUUUGUGCUGUUCAGAUAUAGAGAAGUCCACAAACUGGCAAUAAAGUUGUGCACCACGCAGCACACUGGGAAGAGACAGGGCUCGCAUCUUGUGAUGAAUCUUUUAGAUGGAAGUGGAAGCGAAGCAGAUCCUGGCAGAUCUCCCCGAACUGAGGUCGGAAGCGCUCGUUACCGAUAACCCGACGUCUUUACUGGCGGGGUAGAGUUGUUUACAAACUGUAGGUGUUGCAAUUAAGUCAGAACUGAUUUUAUUUUGUACUGCCUUCCCUAGGAACGGUAGGCACCAAGAUAAAAACUAUUAUGAACAAUCUUUCAUUUGUGCUUUCUGAAAUGCCGUUGAGAAAUCGGGGUCGCAUGCUUGGUUUGAGUUCCACCUUUGGCUGCAUCAUUCUCACUUGAACACUGUUGGAAAUGGAUGAGACUGUCCAUGUUCUCCCUCUUCUGUUUGUCUUCUUGCCUGUACAGGGUUUUUUGUUUUGUUUUUUAAUGUGUCAGACUCCUCUUGCAUACCCAGUACCUACAGAAGUCACGACUUUGGAAAAAAUAUACAUGUAACAACUAUUAAAAUGAUUUAAACCAAAGUUAUCAGGCUUUAUUCUUUGUGGCUGAAGCCUGUGGUGUUCACAUUCCUUUCCCCUGGCAUCUUUCCAUCUUAAAUAUCAUAUCUUUGCUCCAGACACUAGUCAAAUUCACUAUUUUCUUGUGAUUAAACAGCUUCUGUAUCCAUCUGCCUGCAGUAUUUCUACUAAGGAAAGUAGGGAAUGUGCUGCUUAAUAUUUGUUUGCUGGGAAAUACUUGGUUUCAUGUGGAAGGAACUGAGUCUCUGGUAAUAGGCACCUCAUUGGAUAUUCUCCUGUAAAAUGCAGUCAACUUCAAAAAGGAAUUGCAGCUCACACUGUAAGAUUCAUAAAGAGUGAACUUUAGUUCCCUCUGAACUUUAGUUCUGUAUUUUAAAUCAUCACAACUUGCAAUCAGAUUUGUACUCAUCUCUUAUGCAAAAAAAAAAUAGUUUGCUGUUACUGGAAACUGUUGAAUUUCAUAUUUAAUAAGCAGUAACCAGCAAUAUCCUUUUAGAUGUGGGGAAAUGGAGUGAUUUUAAGAUGUUUACUAGUAACCAUAUAAAAAUGUAUAAUUUCUUAAUUCGGGUAAUAAAUGAAGUGUUAAAAUGCUAUUUGUAGUCUUGAUGUACAGAAAUAAAAAAGAUUGGUUUUCUUUUUGGUUUUGCAUUAGGCUUUUUAUUUAUGUUAAAUGGUAGUUACCCCCAAAUUGGUUUCUUGUAUAUUUUUCUACAUAAAUUAUGAAACUUAUGAAAAGAAAUCAGUAAUAGUGCAACUGCUGCCUGCUAAGAGCAAAACCUGAGUACUUCUUUCAGGUAGCAUUAUUUAUUUUAUAAGCCAGUGCUUUUAAGUAUUUUGAAAUUAUUUUUCAACUCCCUUCUUUUGCUACAUUAAUAGUGUUGUAUUUGUAUGUUGUAAAAUGCAAAUUAAAAAUUUCUAUUAAAUAACUGUAUCUUGAAGAUUGUGUUGGAGUCCUGCCACAUAACCAUGGCUAUAUACUGUAUAAUUUAACCAUGGCUAUAUACUGUAUAAUUUCUGCUUUUGUUUAAGGAGACCAGGUCUACUAUUCUUAGCCUUUACCAUGACUACAAGUUCGACAGAGAAGAUGGGGCUAAAGGAAAAUAAGAUUUUCAGCCAGUUGGAGUCUUGUUCCUGGAAGAGUCGUGCAGUUGUACAAAACCUCAGCAGAGGCUUUGAGCUCUCC